UUUUUUAGAAAUCGUUCAAGAAACAACGCAGCCAAGAUGCUAUAUAGAAAGUUUACAAUAUUUGUGGUUUUGUCCUUAAUACAGGCCACUUAUUGUAAACCGGUAGAUGAUGACACUUACAACAGAAUUGUUGGCUUUGCCCCUGAAGAUAUGUCAAAUCUAACACCCAUAAAAAAAAUUAUAGUCUACGUCGCUGUCAAUUAUCUGCGCCUAGCUCACGAGUAUACCAUUAAAUCCUUUAAUGUUAGCCAACGAAUAUUGAUGAACCAGGAUUUACUGACCAACCAGACACCACAAGUUCUAGAGUUUAAACACAAUUUAACUCGUUUUGUGGAAGAUUAUGAAAAAACCAAAACCAUACCAGAAGUUGUGAAAUUAAUGAACACUUUUCCCGAUACAACCGAACAUUAUUUUCAACUACCAGAGGAAAAACGAACAGCGGCAGACACCUUUAUCUUGGAUCUUUUAAAAAAAUACAAUUGCAUGGAUGUAGAUAUGGAAUAUGCCAUCGGAUUUAAUCCUUUUAUUGAGAAGUUUAAGUUGAUGUUCGAAGAGAAUAAAAAGUAUUUUGAAAAACCUGUACUGGAUUGGUAUGAGAAGUUUUUAGCUAUAGACGAUUUGGAAGAGAAACUCAAGGCCUUCAUGCAAAUGAUGGAAGAAAACAAUAGAAUAUAAAUGGAAAGCAAUUAUGCCUAAAUUAA